UGGGAUAUGCAGCUCAAAAUAUUGAGUAAGCAGAUGUUCAAGAGAGUGAGGCAGCUGAUGUGACUACCAAUGGGGAAAUCAAGUUGCAACCACUGCGCUAGAUGAGAGCGCAGGCAGGACAUCCGAACUUCUCAACUUGCCUUGACAAGGAAACGGAAUACAUGGACUAGGAGGAAGGAAGGAACGACACAAACUGUCUUUUAGCUUGCUUCACCAACAAAUGCACAUCUGUGGUGAAUUGUGCUACCUAGUUAGCUAGCUGGCUAACUAAUUCAUUGCCACAUUACAAGCUAGCUAGGCUAGCCAGAUUCGUUUACCUUCAUUUACGCACACACGGCAGCUAGCUGACGUUACUGUCUGAAAAGGCUGGGACGUCAACAUCACACGGGAAACCGUGCGGUAUUUACUAACAUUUCAUUCGCUCAGUUACGAAUUUUGUUGUUAAUAACUAGAUGAAUUAGCAACGCUAGCUAGUGCUGACAGCUAUCGCUAGCUACGUAUUCCAUGCCAUGUCAUUCGUUUUGUUUAUAAACGUUCGCCUGGUUACAUACUGUUGGUUGUGACAGUGCCAAAGAAAUAUAUGUAUUAUUGAGAGAAUCAUGGCUAAAAUAGAGAAUGGUCGCCAGUCGGCCGACUCGAGAAGUAUCAGGACCAUUAGUAGUAGUCAUAUGGACGACGAGAGCUCCCUUGGCUCAGACUCCGAGAUUAACGGCUUUACCAACGACAGGCACACUGAUAAAUAUGGAUUUAUUGGAGGGGCGCAACAGUAUUCAGAAGAAUCGGCUCAGGAUGUCCCUCCAGAGGUGCUGAGGCAGCGAGAGGUCAAGUGGCUCGACAUGCUGAGCAACUGGGACAAAUGGAUGGUCAAGAGACACAAAAAGGUGAGACUGCGGUGCCAGAAAGGAAUCCCUCCCUCACUGAGAGGCCGUGCUUGGCUCUACCUGUCAGGAGGAAAAGUGAAGAGGGAACAGAACCGGGGGAAGUUCGAGGAGCUGGACAGUCAGGCUGGAGACCCAAAAGAGCUGGAUGUGAUUGAGAAAGACCUGCACAGACAGUUCCCCUUCCAUGAGAUGUUUGUAUCACGAGGGGGCCACGGACAGCAGGACUUGUUCCGUGUUCUGAAGGCCUACACGCUGUACAGGCCAGAGGAGGGCUACUGUCAAGCCCAGGCCCCCAUUGCUGCUGUGCUGCUCAUGCACAUGCCUGCUGAGGAUGCAUUCUGGGGGCUGGUCCAAAUUUGUGAGAAGUACCUCCCUGGAUACUACAGUGCAGGGCUGGAGGCCAUCCAGUUAGAUGGAGAGAUCCUGUAUGCUUUGACACGGCGUGUCUCCCCCCUAACCUACCGCCACCUGGAGAAACAUAAAAUAGAGCCCAUUCUCUACAUGACAGAAUGGUUCAUGUGUGCCUUCUCCCGCACCCUGCCCUGGGCCUCAGUUCUCCGUGUCUGGGACAUGUUCCUCUGUGACGGUGUGAAGAUAAUUUUCCGGGUGGGCCUGGUGCUGCUGAAGUGUAUGCUGGGUACCCGUGAGAAGCUGAAAACGUGUCAGGGCCAGUAUGAGACCAUGGAGCUGCUGAGGGCCAUAGAGCCACGCUACAUGCAGGAGGGCUUCCUCGUCCGGGAGGUUCUGGAUGUGCCUGUCUCAGAGCGGGACGUUGAGAGCGAGCACCAUGUUCAGCUGAAGCGCUGGAGGAAGAACCGCGGUGAGCUGCACUGGAAGUCUCCUCCCAGAAUGCACGGUGCCAGGGCUAUCAUGGCCUCGGAGCCUCCCAGUCGCCAGGACCUUCGUCAGAACCCCACCAUCAUCGUCGAGUCGCCCCUGCCUCCCCCUCAGCCCACCCCUCAGCUGCAGAAGGGAGAGAAGAAGAGCAAAAAGGGGAAGAAGAGCAUUAAGAAAGGAAGUAUGAAGAUAACCCCUCCUCCUGUCACGGAGAUCCCCAACCCUUAUAAUUUACCUGGUGACCCUAAGCUUCCACUCAGAGAUCCUCAGCUUCCACUCAGAGAUCCUCAGCUUCCACUCAGAGAUCCUCAGCCUACUCUGAGAGACUCACCAGUACAGAAGCCCCUCGUCAAUGACACACCCCUCCCAAACACACCUAAAGACUCUCACCUGCCCCACCAACCAGCCCUUAAUGACCAACCAGCCCUCAACCACCAACCAGUCUUUAACGACCAGUCUCUUCUCAAAGAGUCGCCCCUCGAGAUGUCCAGACAGAGCCUGAGUAGCACAGAGGCAGAUCAUCAGGACACAUACCUGUAGCUCUCGCUGUGGGCAGAAGGUGGAACUGCAUGUGUGAAACUGGGCAUGAUGGUGAGUGAGAGAGGAACUGGAACAACCCCUGUUUUAUCCUGGACAGUUCUCAUUCACUCGCUCACUCACUCUCAGGCCCUCUGCAUGCCCUCUGCAUGCCAACCAAGCCCUCUGUCUCUUUUUCAGGCACUAGCACAGCUCAGCCAUAUACUAGCAACUGGGUGUACCAUGGCCAAUGUCACUGUAGCCCAACAAUGGGCGACAAUUGUAUAUUUUUCAUAUGAUUUUUAUUCUGCUUGCUUUUAAGACAGCGUAUUGCCUAGAGCAAGCACACAGUCAGCAGCAUACACUAAUGCAUCACUGCCAAGCGUUAUAAUACUUUCAUCCGUAUGUUACCUCUUCAUGCUUCUUCACUCUGACUUAGUGAUGUGCAAGGGAGACCGUGUUCUUUGUGCAAGGGAGACAUGUUACUGAUUUAUUGGUUGUGUAGUUGUAUACAUAAAACAAUCAUCACCUAAUAGACUAUCUGAUUCUAGGGUUUAACAAGAGACUUGAUUAAAUUAAACUAUUAAACUGCCUUCAUUUGCACAAAAUGGGAGUGUUUAAAAUGUUUUUUUUAAAUUCACUCAAAUCUCCCAACCAUCUGUGGUUUGUAGGUAAUAGGAAUUGGAAAUAUUAACUUUUUUUGAACUAAGCUAUACUACUAUUGAUACUUUUUUAAAUUUAAUGUAAACCCUUGCCAUUUUCAUUUUGAAUAAUGCUUAAGAAAGAGCUGGGUAAAUAUUGUUUCAAGUCAGGUUGGUUGAGUCAAGUCCCAGUUGGCCUUAUCGAUAAGUAAAGAGCUUCCAUCCUUCACCACCAGAGAGCAGACUUGGUGUGUUUUCCUGUAAAUUCUGUUAUCCCAGCUGCUAACUUCCCCUUCCUAAAAAGGAACUCAGAGCGCUCUUGUCUCGAAUUUACACUCAUUACGUGUCAAUUCCAUGCUUUCAAAGGAACUUGCAAGCUUGUUUUACUCUCCAGUAAAAGGUGACCUAUGACAUGUGCCUUGUACAACAUGUGUAUAAAUCUUCGACCUCCAUGGCCUGUGGCUAUCUAUUGUCCCUGCCAGGUGGUAAUAGGCCUGAUGUCUUGAGACCAGACAAAAAAUCCUCACUGUGCCAGGCAAUUCCAGUUACUAUGUAGCAUUUAACUCAUGUAAGGUAUGCAAGAAGGAGACAGGACUGGACAUUCCUCACAAUGAUUUGACACAUUCCUGCCCUUGGGUUUCUUAAAAGCCAAUAUGUCUUGUACAGUAUUCAUGCAUGUUCAUAUUUUAACUUUUUGGGGGCGUGAGUGCCAUAGCAGUUAGCUGGAUUGUUCCACCAAUUAGGUGCCUUUUGAAAGUGUAACUUGGUCAACCUAAUUUGAUUUCACCUAAUUAUAACAUUGCCAUAAAAAGCACUUUUCUUUUUUUACACUUUACCCUCUUGAGGUUAAAUAAUAAUUUAAAAAAGACUUAAGUGCCAAAUAUAGUAACAGGGUUGACUGUAACAAGGUUGGUGAUUUAAUCUUAAAUACCCUUGUGAAUCUUCAAAAUUACUUUGUCAAAGAAACAAAAUUACUUUACAAUGAUGGUGAAAACUUUGAGUAGGGUUAAGUGGGUUAAAAUCUUCCUAGAAGUCAGACGGUGCACGGAGGGGAAUUUCAAAAAGCUGAAUUUAUUUAAUUAUCUAUGUGGUCUUUAUUAAAGGGCACUUCAUUUAAUAUAACAUGCUGUUAAAAUUCAAUAUUGGUGCACAAUUUCUACUUAAAAUAUCAAAGGGCACUCUUUGUGGAACGGCCCAGCUGUAUAGUGCUAACCUCUGCUCCUCUGCACAGGUGCUGGGUGAUGUGGACUUUGCAGGCUAGAUACUUUUGUAUAUAUAGUGUAUGUGGACACGCCUUCAAAUUAGUGGAUUCGGACAUUUCAACCACAUCCGUUGCUGACAGGUGUAUAAAAUCGAGCACACCGCCAUGCAAUCUCCAAAGACAUACAUUGGCAGCAGAAUGGCCUUACUGAAGAGCUCAGUGACUUUCAAUAUGGUGCCGUCAUGGGAUGCCACCUUUCCAACAAGUCAGUUGGUCAAAUUUCUGCCCUGGUCAACUAUAAGUGCUGUUAUUGUGAAGUGGAAACAUAUAGGAGCAACAACUGCUCAGCCAUGAAGUGAUAGGCCACACAAGCUCACAGAACGGGACCGCUGAAGCACGUAGCGCGUAAAAAUCGUCUGUCCUCGGUUGCAACACUCACUACUGAGUUCCAAACUACCUCUGGAAGCAACGUCAGCACAAGAAUGAUUCGUCAGGAGCUUCAUGAAAUGGGUUUCCAUGGCCGAGCAGCUGCACACAAGUCUAAGAUCACCAUUCUCAAUGCCAAGCUUCUCCUGGAGUGGUGUAAAGCUCGCCGCCAUUAGACUCUGGAACACCUUUGAGAUUAAUUGGAACGCCGACUGCGAGCCAGGCCUAAUCGCCCAACAUCAGUGCCCGACUUCACUUAUGCUCUUGUGGCAGAAUGGAAGCAAGUCCCUGCAGCAAUGUUCCAACAUCUAGUGGAAAGCCUUCACAGAAGAGUGGAGGAUGUUAUAGCAGCAAAGGGGGGACGAACUCCAUAUUCAUGCCUGUGAUUUUGUAAUGAAAUGUUCGACGAUCAGGUGUCCACAUACUUUUGGUCAUGUAGUGUGGCUCUGUAAAGACACGGAUCAGCUUAUUGCUACACUGAGUGACAGGUCCAGAUAUAUGGUGAUCAAACCAAAUAACAAUGUGAUAAGGAUCAUCGGAUUGAUCCAUUGCCUGUUACUAUGGAUGCUUAGCCUUACUUGUUGCAUACCGGCGAAGGGAUUACUUUUGGGAUAUCUUGGAGUUUUCAUCUUUUGGGAUAACGUUGAAGCCUUUCCAUUUAAAAAAUGUAUAUUCAUUUGGGGAAAUCAUGAGGCCUGUUGGGAUAAAGAUCAGGCCUUUGCUUUGGGAAAAUAAUGGACAGUCUGUUGACCACAGCCUUUUUGAUGAUUCAAGUUUAGAGGAAACUCAAGGUUUGCAGUCAGAGGUGUCAAAGAUUUUUAACUAUUCUGUUGUAGGCACUAUAGGAAAUUAUUCAGUAGAGAUUAAGACGUAAUCGAUGCACAACACUUAUUAUUGCUACAAUAUAUCAUUCCACUGAAUGCUGCACGUUUGUUGUACAGGUCACCUCUAAGACCUCACUAAAAAGCAAUAAAAGGUGAAUGGAGGUCAAGUAAACAACAACAAACAUUUUAUUUUUUAUUUAACCUGGCAAGACGGUGAAGAACAAAUUCUUAUUUACAAUGACGGCUUAACCCGGACGACGCUGGGCCAAUUGUGCGCUGCCGUAUGGGACUCCCAAUCACGGCCGGUUGUGAUACAGCCUGGAAUCGAACCAGGGUCUGUAGUGAGGCCUCAAGCACUGAGAUGCAGUGCUUAGAACACUGCGCCACUCACUCGGGAGCCACAUAGCCUUUCCACCCAAGUGUAUAGUGGCCUGUAUCACAUUUCCCAUUUUGCAGCUAUUCUAGUUUAAUUUAAUGCUUAAAAUGUGUAUAUAAGACUAAUUUGAAAAAUAUCCUUUUGUAAUGAAACAUUGUAUUUUUUUGUGUGUACACAUCCGUAUUUGAUGAUCAUAAUCCACCAUUUGCCAUAAAUCAUGGUAGAAACUGAAUCUAUAUUUUAGCUAGACAAUUUUGACACUAACUUUACAGUUUAAAAAGCACACAUGCAAUGCUUUCUUCACUAGAAAUAUCCAUGUCUUCUCAGCACAAUGGUUUUCAUUUUGUUUAUUCAGGGAGGCCUUUGGUAUUUCUAUGUCAACUAUCAACAAAUAUGUAUUUAUCUCAGAAGUUGUUUCAUAUUGUCAAUUUUGUUUUUACAAAUAAAAUCACUUUGAUCAACAACA